AUGCAGGAUGUGAGGCGUGCCCUCUACACCAUCACCGGCCAGCGUGUGACGCGCUCGGAGCUGCUUAAACUAAUCGCCUUCGCUCAGGACGCGGUGGCUAAGCAGCAGCAGGCAAUGCAACAUCAACAGGAUCAGGUAACAUGUCUACAGCGCUCUAAAAUGGCGAGCCCCGAAGCACAAGGUCCGCCGUCUGUGACGACAAUCACAGAUGGCGAGGUGAUGAGCUUCUCUGGUAACAUCCGUUCACCUAGUCAAACAGGCGCAUCCAUUAGCACCUUGAGUGUGCGAGCCGAGUCCCCGAUGAAUCCGCAAGCCGCUGCGGCAACAGCAGGCUCGACCCCCGCACCCACUGUUCGGAGCCAAAUCUGUUUUGUUUCACCUCGCUCUCAUUUGCUGGACAGCAGCGAGGGCAUCGAUCUCGAUGUCUUUGAGCAGAUCGUUCUGCGUAAGCUGAAGCACCGAAACUAUGAGGAGGAACUAGCGUACACGUUCGCGCUGCUCGAAGAUAAGUCUUAUCUCGGCUUCAUCACAAAGGAGAGCGUGCGCCGUGCAGCCACCGAGACAGGCGAGGCACUGACGGAGGCCGAGAUUGCGGAAAUGUUCGACCCACUCGUGACGGGGGUGUCGACCGCUGCGGUGGAUCUCUCAACGUUCACGGACCUUCAGCUGAAAGCUCGCAAAGCAGAGGAUUCCUGA